AUGCAGUGGCAGAGGAACUUACAUUUGCAUUCUGGUGGAGUCUUAAGGCCACAUUUCUCAGGCAAAGCAAGGGCACGAGCGGGAUCGAUUCCAAAUGCUGGGAGGAAAUCCUUGAACAUGCAUAGGCAUGGCAAGUUGGCGCGUUUGAUCAUCUUGCAGCAGUCGUAUGUGGGGCGCGGGGGUGAUUCUCCGGUGACAGCAGGGCGGCAGAUGAUGAGCUGGGACGGAUCAACCCGGCAAUCACUGUUUAGCCUGACGGCGGCUGAACUACCACCACCUGAGCCUCCAUCUAUCGCAGUAGCUGCAGGCAGUGCUAGCACUACUACAAGCACAAAAAAGAGCGCAAGAGCUUUGAGGUCGGCCAUAGUCCUGCUUCCUGAUGUAGGGUUUUGA